AUGUUGCAAAAUUUAAUAACAAUAGCAGAGCUAGUGUCAGAGACACAUAUUUUCGGUUUACAUGGGAAUCUGGUACAAAAAAAGAUACCAGCUUUCCUUUAGGAAAGGUAUCGAAACAUUAA